AUGGGUCUCUCCAAAGAUUUCCAGUACGAUCUAUCGGAAGCGGCUCGCAUCCAGCGACCUCUUGCGACUUUUAUGAGGUCAUCUGGCCACCUCGUGCAUGGAAUCGGCGUGGAGCUGGUGCGUGCUCUGGACAGCCAUCCGCCCAACAUUUCCAACGUCUUCUGCGAGUGCGACUCAAAGGACGACGUGACCAUCACAUGUGAUUGCGAGGCGACUCCAGCGUUCCAGCUUAAGGCGUUCAGCCAACGAGGGGAGAAGGUCGAGGUCUCGCACUACCGAGUCAAUGUCAACAGAUUCCGCGCCCGUCUCAACGUGGUGUGCGUGACUGAGAAGCUGACGGGAGAGCUGAAGUUCGACGGCUGGCCUGAAGUGAAGGUGGCGUUGGCCCCAGUCGGACCCCUGCGACCCAACGCCACCGAGUCCAACCUGCAACAACUGGUCAGCGACAUAGUAGUGAGCGCGCUGCGUAACACAAACCUGCGGUUCAACCUCACUCCGUACCCGACUUGCCCGCGCCUGCGCAGGUACGUCGACUCCUCGCCGCGGCUGCCGCUACACUACGAUUCCAUGUUGCAGCAUGACCGCCAGUUGUACACCUCCACGCCGAACUCCACCGUGUCCAACCCUGGCCUGCUAGGAGACAAGCGGCUGCUCGUCAAGGUCGUCGGCGCCAAGGAUAUUGGGGGUAAGACGGGUUGCAUAGCGCCAUAUUGCGUGGUGGAAAUGGACGAACCGCCGCAGAGGAACCAGACCGCCUUCAAGAAGGAGACCACCAGUCCGCAGUGGGAGGAACACUUCCUCUUCGAGCUGUCCCCGCAAACGGCGGAGCUUCUGUUCGAAGUGUACGACCGCACGGGGCCGCCGUCGCCGGGCGGCGCCGCGACGCAACACAGGUUUCUGGGUCUAGGCCUGGUGGGUAUCGACGAACUCCUGGCGGCGCCGUCCCAGCGGCAGCAGAUCGCGCUGCAGACCAGGCCCAUGGAGGAGCACGACAUCAGCGGCACGCUCACUGUCGAGUUCCUGUUCAUCGACGGUCCGGAGAUCCCCGAGCUGGGCUCGCGGCCGGUCAAGAUCAAGGAGAGCCUGCGCACCGUCUCGCCUCAGGGACAACUCACUACCACCACCAAGACCAUAUUCAAACAAAAUGGUCACGAGACGCAACAGCUGACGGCGUCAGCACUCCGCGAGCUGGAGAUGAGCCCCGCCAGCGCCGCCAACAAGUCCACACUCAUCAUACACUCGGUGCAGCGGGAGCCCAAGAAGUCUAUUAAGGUGGAACUAACCGACUCCGGCAAGUUCAUCGAGGUGGAACGCGAGGCCAUAGACAACCCGCCUCUCCAGCCCAUAGACUAUGUAGACCACAGUGUCAAAGAGAAGACGGCCAGCCCCAACCAAUCGCCGGGAAAGAGUGUAAGGAUUAAGGAAAACGGCGCUAAAACGAACGGAGAAAAUCUAGACAUGCAAGGUGACUACGUGAACAACCAAAACGAGAGCGUUCCCCCGGAGCCGGCGCCGAGGAAACGGCGACGAGACUUCUUCGGCACCAUCAAAAGGAGACUAGGUAGAUCUCGCACUCGCGGACAGUCGCUGGACAUGACCGACUCCGAGCUCGAGCACCAGAGCCGCAUGCGCAGCAUCAGCGCCGAGAGGAACACGCAUGAAAAAGCCCUAUCCGUCCCAAACAGAAACGUGUAUUCCGCCGGUGCAUCCCCCGCACAGUCGGGAGAUGAAUCCAGGACCUCCAGAAGGUCCUCUCUUAGCGAAGCGUCCGGCUUCAGUACUGCUUCAGCGAGGACGUUCAUCCACGAAGCGUCGACCCUGGUGCUGGAGACCAUCGAGGCGGGCAUCAAGAAGCACUACCUGGUGCCACUAGCCAUCGCCCAGCGAUCCCGGUGGCGGCGGAAGGGGGUCAAACUUCAUAUUUACAAUGAGCACACAUUUAUUGCUAAGCAUCUUACUGGCGGCACAGUGUGCGAGGUGUGCGGUAAGACAGUGGCGCGGCGGCUCGGCAAGCAAGGCUACGAGUGCCGCGACUGCACGCUGCGCUGCCACAAGCACUGCCAUGUCAAAGUGCCCAACACAUGCCCCAGAUCCACCGUGCACAAUAUGGAGCUGUAAGUAUUCCUCCGUAGAUUCAUUUUU